AUGGGGUUCGGUGGUAGGCUUCACUGUCACUCACUCGGCGCCCACGACCGUACAUGUUCCGCUGUUCGCCUGGAAUGUACAGCAGAGCGAUGCGUUCUCACUGCAGAUGACGUUUCCCGUAAUGUUGAUGGUGGUGCAAGCAGUCGUGCUGCUAGUGAUCGCUGUCUCGGCGGCGAUAGCCUGUCGCCGCGCGAGCUCUCCUCCAAUGUUCAUCGAGUCUGGCUCGGCCUCCUUCCCGACCUCAGCUCGACAAGAGCCCCCCGCUGCUGCUCCAAACGGUGCAUGUACUCGCUGACUCACAUCUUCGAUACGAUGAAGUAA